AUGUCACGAGCGACUUUGCUCUUCCUCGUUAUCGCUCUAGUAGCGUUAUCAUUCACUCCGAGAGUAGCAGCUUUUGGAGCUGGUAAUAUCCCUGGAUACUCUUAUCUCGAAGAGAAGGCAUUCCGACAUGGUGAUAUCGAAGAUAUCAUUGGUAAUUUGAUGAAAGCUGCUGGAGGUGGAUUCUUAUCUAGAGGAACGAAAUUUACUCCACUUGACGUGAAGAGAGUUUACUUUGGUAACUGGUUGAGAGACUAUUCACAAGCAGUUGAUGUUGGUGCACUGAAAAAGACCAACCUUCAAACCAUUCUCAACGUAGUUAUGGUUCUGGGAUUCCUUGGUCUCGGUUAUGCUACGGGUGAAUUCGAAGUCACCAAAGAGAGAUUAGGAUGUUAUCUCCCCACGGAGCAUAUCGACAACCCCAAAGGAUAUGCGGAUGGUGAAGAUGCUAGACAAUAUGAUGAUAGACUGAGAGGUCCGGUGGAUCCUAGAGAAUUGGAAAUUGAUCCACAAACUGGUAUGAAGAACUACAUUGCUAAUGAGUACGGUGGGUGGGCAACAUCCAAAGCCUUAGUCAGACAGAGACUCCAAGAAGUCAUUCACUAUGGUAGACUUUUCCGAUCGAAUGAUAAUAAGGCAGAUUCAUACCAAGCUUUCCAAUUACUCGGUAGAGCUCUUCAUACUCUGGAGGAUUUCACCGCUCACUCAAACUGGUGUGAACUUGCGUUGAUCUCGAUGGGUUACAACAAUGUUUUCCCUCAUGUCGGUCGAAACACCCAAAUCCAAGCUCCCAACGGCAAAAGAGUAUACCCCCUGGUCACUGGAACCUUCGGUGGUGCCGAUUUCAUCCACUCAGUCAUGGGUGAAGCCACGGAUCAUCUGAGUCAACAAUCCGUAUCCGAUCUCACCAAACAAAUGACCAAUGCCCGAUCGAUCUCAGAAGGUCAAUCUAACUCUGCUGAUACUCUUCGACAAUUAUUCUUCUCCAUUCCUGGAGGUGAAGGGAAUGACAUGACUAGAGAGAUGGACGAUAUCCAACAAAUGCGGGCUGGGCAACCAGGCGGAAUUGACCCUUCCCAAAUGUCACCUCAAGAACUCCACGAUACUCUUUGGAAGAUCUUGAGUUUCAGAGAUUCAGUCAUGAAGAGGAUUGAGAACACUAUCGAUCGAAUUCCUGGUCUCAGCGGAUUAGUCGAGAAGAUCUCCAAUUCAGUCUCAGUUUUCAUUAUCACUACCCUUGAACCUUUCGUGAAACCCCUCGUUGGUACUGCCACCGCAGCUCUCGGUCAGACUUCCCAAGCAGUCAUCGAUUCUCAUGACCAAUAUGAGGUUUGGAAUGAUCCUUACGCUUCUGACCCAACUCACUCUUUCCUGUCUAAGGAUCACUUCGGACUUAUCCUCAACCAACCCGCAGGUGAAAUCGCGCAAAUCGUUGUCGAGUAUACUGUCAAAUUAGUUGUUCAAGCUUGGGACAACAACAGUAUGCCUGUCGAGCAAGUUACAGAACCUGUCCUGCAAGCUUUGUUCCACCCUGAUUUCCAUGAUGGUCGAUCCGAGAUUCAAAAGCGAAUGCUGGACAAAAUGAGAAACUGGAUCGACACUGUUCACCAAAAACAAGAGAUCUUGAAUCGAUUGACAGCCGAUAAAGUCAAAUCUGGUGGUAACAGGCGAAUAGGAGACAACUCGCAAGCUACCGGUCAUGUGCAUAACCAAUUAUUACCUGAAGGUGGUUUACAGCAAGUGGUUGCGUCUCACAAUGUCCAUGUCCCUGGUGCUCAAUUCUUGAAUGCCGGUCAAGACUUGUUGUCUGGUAAGAAGCCAUGGGAUCAAGGGUUCGGAUCUGGUGGACCUAACGCUUGGAGAGGUAUCGACCCCAACAACCCUGAUAACGGUAACAAUGGAGGUGGACAAGCGUCAAGCUUCUACAACGACAACAACCAAAAUCAAUAUGGCUCGGGCCAGGAUCAAUAUGGUUCAAACCAAUCAUACCAACCUCCACCACAACAAUCUUAUCAACCUCAAGGUGGACAUGCCGAUAAUUUCUUUGGUGGUGGCGGUGGCGGUGGUGGUGGUGGAUAUGGCAAUCCUUCACCACCACCUCACCAUCAAGGUGGAUUUAACCCUCCUUCGUACCAUCAUUCUGAGCCUCAACAUCCCUAUGGUGGACCUCCCCGUGACCAUUAUGGUGGUCCUCCAGGAGGAUUUGGAGGACCUCCACCCCCUCAAGAUCAAUAUGGUGGACCUCCUGGGGGAUAUGGGGGAGGACAACCUACCUACGGUGAGCGGAUGGCUCAACAACAGGGUUAUCCAGGUGCCGGACACCACGGACAUGGUGGACAUCAUCAAGGGGGUAAUCAAUGGGGUGGUCAAGGUGGGUAUGGUGGGGGUGGAGGUAAUUGGUAG